AUGAGUUCGUAUAACAACGGCACAGCCAACUUCGACAAUCUUCUCAUGCAAACCCUCAUGGGUCGCCUUCAAAUCCGCCCGCAAAACCCACUACUCCCCCAAUCCCUAGAAGACCUUCUCUUCGAUCCCGCCAUCACCUCCCAUCUCUCCUCGGACGAUGACAACGACGACGAUUCCAAAACCCAACUCGCAAAGGAGGAAUCGAAGCUCGAGAAGGAGAUCAUACGAAUAAUUCUCUCCGGCAAUAUCCAAUCCCUUAAACCCAACUCGGGUCAAGCUGUUACAAUUGGUGAACACCACAUUUGUGUCGGGUUUCAUGAAGAAACAGGGUCCGAUUAUCGGGUUUGGGAGUGGCACGGACACAUAAUGUUGUUCGAUGAAGAAAAUGGGUAUACACCGGAGUAUAUAUAUGGGAAUUAUUUCGAAAGAGUUCCGGUGAAAGCGGCCGCGAAAGUGGGCGGCGAAGAGAAGGAUGAGAAGGUGGGGAAUAUGGGGCUGAGGGAAUUGAUUGAAUCGGGGGAUUCUGGUAGCAGUCGGAUUAUUCAUCGGAAUAUGAAUUCGGGUUCUCCCAGAUUUUAGUGGAGAGGUGUAAUUGGAGUUUGCUAAAAAGGUCCAUGGAAAUGGAGGGGACUCCUCUCAGGUUUCCAUGCUGAUUACUCUUUUCACAUCUUCUAUUGGCAGAGAAGCCAAGAGUCUUUAGGGUGGUUCUCUUCCUUCCUAGUUCUUUAUAUUUGAGUUUCAAGAAGAAGAAGAAGAAAUGGGUAUCUCUUGUAAAAUGAGAUUUCUCUUUAACUAGUUUUGUUCAAUUUAUCAACACAAAUAAGUAUUUUGCAUUUGUUUUA